AUGGCAGUGCUGGCUCUCCUCACCGUCGCCCUCUUAGCAGGUGCGGCCUACUCCGCCCCUCAGGCUUCCCGUAUCGUGGGUGGAACUGAGACGUCUAUCGAAAAGUUCCCCGCCAUGGUAGCGGUUGAAUUCCUCGGAGUCUGGACUGGUGUCUGGGGCCAGUCUUGCGCCGCCAAUAUUGUGACUGCUCGUUUUGUUCUGUCUGCUGCACACUGUUUUGAUGGCAUCUUCUACAAUCCAAGCUACCGUCGUAUCAGGGCUGGAUCUUCCUACCGUAACACCGGGGGUAUUUUGUCUUACGUGGACGUUGAGUUCAACCACCCUAGCUAUGGUUUGAACGGCUAUGAUGGUGAUAUCUCAGUAGUUCGCCUGCUCACUCCCUUGGAAUACAGCCCCGUCAUCCAACAGGCCGCCCUUGUCACCCAUGGAUUCAAGAUGCCAGACAACUUACCUGUCGUCCACGCUGGUUGGGGUGCUAUCUCGCAAGGAGGACCUUUGUCUCCCAUACUCUUGGAGACCACAAUCUUCACCAUCAACAAUGAGCUCUGCGCUGCUCGCUACCAGACUCUACCCAGACCUCAGGUUGUUACUGAGAACAUGAUCUGCGCUGGUAUUCCUGACAUUGGUGGCAAGGACGCCUGCCAGGGUGCGGCAUUCUCCGCCCCUCAGUCUUCUCGUAUCGUGGGUGGAACUGAGACCUCCAUCGAAAAGUUCCCCUCAAUCGUCGCGGUUGAAAACUACGGCGUCCUUUCUGGGGUCUGGAGUCAGUCUUGCGCUGCCAACAUCUUGACAACCAGAUACGUCCUGUCUGCUGCACACUGUUUCCGUGGCCUCUUAUACAGGCCAAGCUACCGUCGUAUCAGGGCUGGAUCUUCCUACCGUAACACCGGGGGUAUUGUGUCUUACGUGGACGUUGAGUUCAACCACCCUAGCUACGGUUUGAAUGGUAAUGAUGGUGAUAUCUCAGUAGUUCGCCUGCUCGAUCCCUUGGAAUACAGCCCCGUCGUCCAACAAGCUGCCAUUGUCUCCCAAGGAUUCAAAAUACCCGACAACUUGCCCGUCGUCCACGCUGGAUGGGGUAGGAUUGAACAAGGUGGAGCUGCGUCUCCCGUGCUUUUGGAGACCACGAUAUUUACUAUCAAUAAUGAGCUGUGUGCUGCUCGCUACAUGACCUUGGACCCUCCAGCGACUGUUACUGAGAACAUGAUCUGCGCUGGUAUUCUUGACGUUGGUGGCAAGGACGCCUGCCAGGGUGACUCUGGUGGUCCUCUCUACUACACCAACAUUCUCGUCGGUGUCGUCUCUUGGGGUCAUGGCUGUGCUAACGAGACCUUCCCCGGAAUCAGCACUGCUUUAUUCGGGAGCGCGAGACAUUCUUUCAUUUCUCCAAGACCAAAACCACCGUCGUAUGGUUUCGUACAAUAUGAUAUAUUUGCUUUCAAAACUUACAAGGAGUUCGUUAUCAAUUGCUUUGAGCGCCAAGCUGAAAGCUUCGCCUGUUCAUCCCCGGCUACGCGUAUCUCGGGAGGCACAGAGGCAUCGGUUGAAAAAUUCCCUGCUAUCGUCCAAGUUGAGUUUCUGGGCACAGCCUCCGGUAUCUGGUCGCAAUCUUGUGGAGGACACAUCCUAACUGCUCGUUAUAUACUCUCUGCUGCUCACUGCUUCCAUGGAAUCUUCUACGACCCCAAGAACCGGCGGAUCAGGGCUGGUUCUUCAGAACGCAAUACUGGUGGCAUCGUUGCCUACGUUGAUGUGGAGAUCAACCACCCAACGUAUGGUGCCAACGACAUGGACGGUGACAUCUCCGUAGUCCGGCUUCUCACAUCACUGGUGUACAGUCCAGUUGUGCAACAGGGUCCUAUAAUUAUUCAUGGAUUUGAUCUUCCUUACCGCUUGCCUGUUGUGCUUGCUGGUUGGGGCGCUACCGAGGCCGGAGGCUUAGCUUCACCCCAGCUUAUGGAGGCAAAAGUAGAAAUAUUGGAUACCGAAGUCUGCCAAAAAGAGUAUGGAUCUCUGUCCAUCCCUCGAGUUGUCACUGAUAACAUGAUCUGCUCCAGUCUUCUGGAGCAAAAUGCUGGAGACGCCUGCCAGGGAGACUUUGGAGGUCCUUUGUACUAUGAUGAUAUCCUAGUCGGUAUCCUGUCCUGGGCUGAAGGCUGUGGUAUCAACUCCUUACCCGUUGUCAGCACGCGCGUUGCUUCAUACACCAAUUGGAUUAUUGAUGCUGCUGUUUAAGAGGUUUCCUUAUCUAGAGUAUAAGAUCAGAAUAAAUGUUCGGUUUUAAUGAUUUUUGUGUGUUUUAAUUUAAGGAAUACAAUGAGAGUGAUAUAUAGUGAUAUUGUGU